AAAUAUUUUUGUUGUUGUUGUUGUUGUUAAACUUUAGUUGUUUCACGAAUGGUUUGCUUUUGCUUUUGAUUCGAUAUUCAUCAUUUUGUUCUGGUCAAGCAAAAAAACAAAAUUGACAAUGGAAAUUUGUAAAAAUUUAAAUAAAUUAUUAUUGACAAUUACCGAACAGGAUGCUAAAUUAAAUUUAAUGAAAAAACAGCUAGAAAAUCGAAAGCUUGGUGAAAAAAUAAACAAAAACAAUCAAAAUGAAGAACCUUUGCGAAAAGUAACGAUUAAAAAACAACAAAUUGAAAAUAAACAACAACAUGAAAAAAAGGUAAUUAUUAAAAAACGAAACAAUAUUCGACAAAUUCGUCAUUCAUUCCGGUCAUCAAGAUCAUCAUCAUUAUUAUCAUCAUCAAUAUCAUCAUCAAAAAGAACAACAACAACAAAAACAACAACGAAAACAACAAAAACUACAAGAAAAAGUAAACGAAUAAAUGAUUCAUCACAAUCAUCAUCAUCAUCAACAUCAUCAUCACCACCAUCAGUACGAAUAAUUAUGACAAGAUCAAGAGCAAGACAGCUACAACAACAACAACAACAACAACGAUGAUGGUGAUAAUCUUUAUUUAUUCACAUUGUAAUCAAAUUGAAUUAUCGAUUGAUUGAUUGAUUAAUCUGAUUAAUCGAUUGCCAAUACUUAAUCCUGAUAUUAUUGC